AUGCGGCUCUCUUCGCUCACCAUCGGCACUGACAGCGGCUGCGACGUGCGGCUGGACCCCGCCGCGUGUCAGCGCGUCUCCAGAAAUCAUGCUGUUAUAUUCAUGGAUGAUGUGAGCCGACACUUCGAGUUGAUCAACUACUCGGAGUUCGGCAGUUGCGUGAACGGCGUGAUGUUCGCGUGCGAGCUGCGCCGCCCCUCGCCCCCCUCGCCCCCCGGCGCCGAGGGCGUGGGCGCCGCGCUGAGGGACGCCGUCCGGCGCCGCGACACACAACCCUUCAGAAUAAGCGGUAACCUGACGGCGCCGCUGGCGGGCGAGCGGCGCUGCGGGUGCCGCGUGGGUGCGGGGGCGGGUGUCGGGGCGGGGGGCGCGGGCGCGUGGGAGGGCUCGGCGCUGGUGCCGCACGGCGCGCUGCUGCAGUUCGGCUGCCAGAUGUUCGUGUUCAGCAUCACCGACGCCAUCGACCCCGCGCCCGACCUAACCACCGACGCCGCUGCCGUUUAA